AUGUGCAGCCGUAUCCUAUCGGAGCUGCAACCCAUGCGCUCGCAUGGGUCGCUUAGAAGCAAACGGAAGGAUCGUCGUUAUGUUAUGUUACUAUUCAAGGAUGCCCCUACUCAGCUUGGCAAUUCGGUUGACAUUGCUCGUCGAAGAUUUCUCAACGUCGAACGGCGACUUGUACGUUCACCGGAAGUCUACGCCCAAUAUAGGACGUUCAUGAACGAAUAUGAACAAAUGGGUCACAUGGAGCUAGUGGCAAAUCCCAAUUUAUCGGCCCCUCACUACUACAUUCCUCACCACUGUGUGAUAAAGCCAGCCAGUGAAUCUACAAAGCUUCGAGUUGUAUUCGAUGCGUCCUGCAAAACAUCAAGUCAAGUGUCUUUCAAUGACAUCUUACUUUGCGGUCCCACGAUUCAAGAUGAUCUCUUCAUGCUACUGCUACGUUUUAGACUUUCAAGAUAUGCCCUGACAGCCGACAUAGCGAAGAUGUACAGGCAAGUAAAUGUUGAUAUUAGUGACCGCAAAUUUCAGUACAUUCUCUGGCGAGAUUUCCCAGGCGAUCAACUACGCACAUAUCAGCUUUAUACGAUCACUUACGGAACGGCUUCCGCACCAUAUCUCGCUGUACGUAGCCUACACCAUUUAGCGGAUCUUCAUGGUGCUGAAUUUCCCAUUGGUGCUGCCGUUAUAAGGACUUCAUUCUAUGUUGACGAUUUAAUAACUGGUGCAGACGAAAUAUCGACUCUGUCAGUCAUAAAGGAUCAAGUUACCAAAUUACUAGAACGCGGUCAGUUUCCGCUUACCAAAUGGCACUCAAAUCACAUGGACUUCGUCGAGAGUCGCAACAACAAGGAUCUCAAUCCAUGCAUAAACGCUAUGACUAGUGCACUUGGAGUACAUUGGCAUCAGAAUUCCGAUGCCCUACGAUUUGCAUUUACGCCCAAAACCGUGCCUGCAGCAAUCACAAAACGUACUAUUCUAUCUGUUGCGUCUGCACUAUACGACCCACUUGGAUUGCUGUCACCGCUAAUUAUCGUCGCCAUGAUCAUUCUACAGGAACUCUGGCUAGCAGGAUUGAGUUGGGAUGAAUCGGUACCGCAACACUUGCAAAUCGCUUGGAGCAAGUGCUUGGAUUCCUUUAGAACCUGUUCAAACCUUUCGGUGCCACGCUAUUGUCUACAAGCUCAAUACCUAUCAGUUCAAAUUCACAGAUUCUGUGACGCGUCAAUCCGAGCAUAUGGUUGCGCCAUUUAUCUACGUACCGAAUGCAUCGACGGAACCAUCGCUGUUCAACUGUUUACUUCUAAGUCCAGAGUGGCCCCGGUAAAAAGGAAGUCUCUUCUAAAAUUGGAAUUGUGCGGAGCGCACUUGCUGGCGCAGUUGUAUACUAAGGUCCUCCCGAUGCUACAGGACAAGCCGUAUACCUCAUACUUUUGGUCGGAUUCCCAGAUCGUACUGCAUUGGCUACACGAGCAUUCUGUUACACUAUCGACAUUCGUAGGAAAUCGAGUAUCCGAAAUACAAGAUUCAACAUCGACUGGAGAAUGGAGAUAUGUACCCACAUCGCUCAACCCAGCUGAUAUUGUGUCCAGAGGAGCUACAACACACGAACUCCAAGCUUCAAUAUGGUUUUCUGGACCGCCCUUUCUAUCGCAACAUAUGUCAGACUGGCCUCAGCCUCCCAAGCUGAGGAAUCUUGACCAGGAAGUAGUUAAUUCAGAGAAGCGAAAAAGCACAUUCAUUGUUUCCAGCUCAUCAGAGUCGGCGGCAGGCUCGAAAACGCCAACAUCUCAGAAAGUGAGAAGCACCCGAUUCUUUUGCCUAAGAAAUCGCAUAUCUCCUGGAUAUAUAUUCGACAUCUUCAUCUACGAAACUUUCACGCUGGACCGAAAGCUUUGGUGGCGCUCCGUCGUUUGGAAUUCUGGAUAG